ACGACGGAAGUACAACUGAGCGCCGCUAUGGCGUCGGCUGCUAGAAAGGUUCACGGCAAACGAAUGUUCCAGUCUCCUUAUUUCUUAGUAGCAUGCCUGACCAUUUUAUUGUGUGGAUCUGACUGUGCAAGUGGAGAUGAAUUGAGGUUUGGAGAUAUAGUCAUGGUCCUUCAGAUGCAGCCUCAUCCAUACCACUUGUUACGAGCCCACAAGUUCCGGGAACAUUUUGAGGAACAGAUUAGUUCCCUUCCAAAAAAUGAGAGGCCAGGCCUAUACCUGACAUACGAAGAAUGGCCAGAGAUGAGGGGGGCAUGGACAGUGUUUCCAUUGAUACCUCAAUUCAUCAAAAUGUUUUCAGAGAAAAAAUGGAUAUUUAUUUGUGAGGAGGAAACCCGUGUAGACAUUAAAAAAGUUCUUUCAGUCCUUCAACGAUAUGAUAGCAGCCAGGAUAUUUUUCUAGGUCGAGAACUGAAAGACAAGCAUGCCACAAUCAUCCAUCAUUUUGCAUUUUAUGAGAGUCCAUCAGUGUUCUCCUACCCAGAUUUUGGAGCUGGCCUUGCAUUUACUCUUCCAUUAAUUAUUAAGAUGGGGGCAGUUCUGAGAGAGGACUUUUCUUUUUCCAUUGAUGCUAAACAUGAGCUUGCAUUAUUUCUCAAGGACAAGCUGAAUGUCCUGCUGACACCUGUGUGUGCUUUCUGUGGCAACAAGGAGGAGACUGAAGAAAGACAAGGUUGUGACUGUGCAACAUGGCAACCCCUGAAAUUCCCAUCCUGUGGUCAUCCAGUAAGGGCAGAGGAGUUAUUUGUGGCAGUGAAGACAUGUCAGAAGUUCCAUAAUGACAGAGUGCAAGUUGUGAAAAAUACAUGGGCUCCAGAGGCAGAGUUCAUUGAGUACUACAGCGAUGAAGUGAAUGAUUCCAUUCCUACUAUUGAUUUGGGUGUUCCGAAUACAGAAGUGGGGCACUGCUCAAAGACCCGUGAAAUUAUUCGGCGAACUGCAUCUCAUGAAAAUAUUUCCAACAUACCCUGGAUUCUAAUUCUCGAUGAUGACACAAUUAUCAAUCUGGAACGUCUCCGUCAUCUGCUGACUUGUUACAAUACAUACCAACCUCUCAUAUUAGGUGAACGAUAUGGCUAUGGGUCUUCUACUGGACUUGGCUAUGAUUAUAUCACAGGUGGGGGAGGGAUGGUUUUCAAUCAGCCAGCUGUGAAAAAACUUGCAGCAGAGUUUGUGUGUGCACAGGAUCAUUCACCUGAUGACAUGUUGAUUGGAAUGUUUGCUGCUAGAGAGAAAAUGCUUCUCAUUCAUAGUCCUUACUUUCAUCAAGCACGACCAGAAGAUUAUAGCCCUGAGUUUCUUAGUAACCAGGUACCUGUGUCGUUCCACAAACACUGGAACACGGACCCUUACAAAAUCUACCAGCUGCUGAAGGAAGGGAAACCACUCUCCAACAACACGCAGCAAAAGAGCACAAGCAAUGAUAAGCACAUUGAGUUGUGAUUAUUAAUAGACUUUGUUUACUAUGACAGGCAUAAUAGGACUCCAAUGUGUGAUUAUAUGUACAUCUUGUUUCCUGUGACCAGGCAUAGCAGAUCUUCAACAUGUAUAAAUGGCAAGCAUAAAAUAUUUUGGAGCAUCCUGGUAGGAACAUUCUUUCUUCAACACUCUUUUGGUAUUAAGAACUAAUUCAAAUCAUUAACAAGUAACCUGCCUGAACAUGCAAAUUUUACUUUAACUAGAGUUCUGUUUCAUCAUAGGCGUUUGGACUACGAAAUGUGUUGCAGGUGGCACACAAGCAUGCAAUUUACUCUAAACAGGCAGGUCUGUUUUAGAUUUGCAAAACAUGCAGUGGUCGAUUUUUCCACUGUCAGUCAAGUUCUAAACACAAAAAUUGUUUGCAAUAAAAUUCUGUUUGAAAAAAAUGUUUAAUAAAAACCAUAGCAGUUGA